AUGAGGGGCAAGGUGGUAUCUGAGCUAAGUUGCAGGCGCAGUCAUCUCAACCGAGUUCAAUGGUGACGUCACAAAGCACUAAAAUCCCCUGCUGUGAUCCGUGGUGAUUACUCAAACAAGACAGCUUCUAUUAUUUGAUUAAGGCUAAGGAUAUCAUUGAGUCCCUUGAUAUUAACAACCUUUUCAGAGUAUUUUAAAUUUUUUUCGGACAUUUCCCAUCAAAAGUAUUGAAUAAACUAA